UUUCGGAGUUGGUCAUGUGUACUUCCGUAUGGUGAAGCAGCAUCCCACACCCAAUGUACGUUGUCGCGCGGGUCUGAAAACACGGUUGUUUUUUUUCCUUGUUACAAACCAAAUCAACAACAAACAAUAAAUACUGAUACUUUAGAACACAGAAUUGAUUCUUAUUAUUUAAUAAUGCAAGCUAUCAAGUGUGUUGUAGUCGGAGACGGAGCGGUUGGUAAAACAUGUCUUCUUAUAAGUUAUACCACCAAUGCCUUUCCAGGAGAAUAUAUACCUACAGUGUUUGACAACUACUCUGCGAAUGUGAUGGUUGAUGGAAGACCAGUCAAUUUGGGAUUAUGGGAUACAGCAGGGCAAGAAGAUUAUGAUAGGUUGCGACCUCUAUCCUACCCACAGACCGAUGUUUUCCUCAUCUGUUUCUCCUUGGUUAGCCCGUCAUCUUACGAGAAUGUGCGUACAAAAUGGCAUCCGGAGGUCACUCAUCACUGCCCCAACACACCCACUAUUCUUGUUGGUACCAAGAUUGAUUUGCGAGACGAUCGUGUAACAAUUGACAGGCUGAAGGAAAGGAGUCUCAGUCCAAUCACGUAUCCACAGGGACUCCAAAUGCAGAAGGAAAUUCGUGCAGUGAAAUACCUAGAAUGUUCAGCGCUUUCGCAGAAAGGUCUUAAGAACGUGUUUGAUGAAGCGAUUCGUGCAGUGCUUACCAAACCCAAACAGAAAAAGAAGAAAUCUAACUGUCGAGUUCUCUAAACAUCCCUGAAUAUCAGGACAUUUUCUCAUGUGUACUCAUAUUUUUAUCUAUGUUGUCACUGUCGAAGAAGAUUGGUCAUCUCUCUACUAUAGUUAUGAUUUUAUAUUUGAAAAUGUAAAAAAAAAAUAGCACCACCAAUUAUUAGUAUGAGAUUUUUGAGUGUAGUAUCAUAUGGGAGAAUGCACCUCGAAAUAGCAUUAUAAAAUAUUCCUGAUUUAUCAGUGGAGGUUGGCUAGUUCUGCUGGGUGCAGACGCUCGCAUGGAUUUUUAUUAACAGCCAACAAUUAUAUCAUGUGGUACUACUAAGUUGUAACCACUAUCUGUAUCUCUUGCACAGUAAUGCUUACAUUUAAAUAAUUACUGCAAUUUUGUAUAAUUACUCUAAUGUGUGUGCCCUGUUGGGCCCAUAGCUGGGAGGGAUUUCAUGGUUCAGGCAAGCCAUCCAUUUUCAGCAAACCCCCCUCUUUGAUAGCAAACUCCACCUCUCCACACAAACUCAGGGUAAGGGAGGGAUCAAUUACUGAUGCAGCAGAGCACACAUAAAAUAAUAAUAUUUUCAAAUAACUUCAUAUAGCUUCAAGUGUAGUAUUAUUUCAAAUUUCAUUUAUUUUGAGCUAAUAAUGAUUGUUUAUCACCAGAAUUACUAUACUGUUAUACUACUUAUUAUUAUUAUUAUUAUUAUUAUUAUUAUUAUUAUUAUUGUUAUUAUUAUUAUUAUUAUUAUUACUACUACUAUUAUUAUUAUUGUUAUACUGUUAUUAUGUUAUAGCUUAACAUAAAUGAAAUUCGAAAAUUCUCCGACUUUUGGGGCUUUGUUGCCGACCCCACUGAGGGUCUUAAGUGCGCCCCUGGACUCUUUACCCUGAACUCUCCCUUGAAAAAGCCGGUCUAUGGGCCAGCCCGUAAUAUUUUCAGAUAUUAUGGGAUGUGCUACUUCAAAGUUUUCAGUGACUAGCAAGUUGUGUAUCCACAUUAUACAGUUAUUGUGGCAACGUAGAAUAAACAUUCUUCAUGUCAAAAAAAGUGUGUGAAGUUGAGCAGAAAAAGAUAUUUUAUUACUAUCUAUUAAUACUCAUAUUGGACCAUAUUCAACAAGUUAAUGUAUAAUCCUAUUAAGAAGAACAUAAUACUACAUGAUUCUUUUUCUUUAAGGAAAGAAAUCAGUGUUUUUAUACUUCAUACUAAGUUCACCUUUUUGGUACCAAACAGGCUUUUUUUUUUUAAUUGUUUUAGGAGUCAUCAUAUUGGCUGGUUAUAAAUAUUUGAUUCGAAACACUAUUAAAUUGAAUUUUUUACAUUAAUUUUCAACACCAAGAAAAGGUUUAGAAUUCAUCUGUGUGCGUUAAUUAAUUGAAAAUUUGAAAAAAAAAAAAAUUGUAUAUAUAUUUUUGUUUUUAGAAUUACUAAUAGGUGGGAGAAUAUUUGUUACAUAGCAGACAGCUUGUAAUAUAAUUUAGCAUGUAGAGGGCAGUAUUUCAAGGACAUUGUCGCAAAGUGAAAUCUCGAUAUACUUUCAAUAUUAGUAUUAUAACCUUUUGCCCUUUUUCUAUUGUUCAGUAAUCUGGAAGCUAAGCUCUCCUUUUCUAUCUACUGCAUCAUGGGAAUUUAAGGGUAGUUCAGUGUAAAGGAACUUUGGAAAUCUAUCUAGUGAUUUUUACAAUGUUAAAUUGUAAAGUUUGUUGGCAAUGUAAUUUGGCCAUUCAAACAUGUACAGUAGUUUGGGUGCAAAUCUUCUGUCUAUUUGCAUAUUUCUUAGGCAAAUGCUUACCUACAUUUAUUUCGCUUCACCAGUGAGUGUAAAUAGGUAAUUGGUAGAGAUUAUGUUGUGUUGGUUUGUGGGCAACACAGCUGGUGGAACACAUUACUGUACUGCUAGGAUUACUUCCCAGGAGCAGGGAUUUUUACACAUGUGUUUUUGACAUGGCAGGGGUAGAUUUCAAGCUUGGUUAGAGUGGUUUUUUUCGCUGCUGCCAGAGGCAAGCACCCUUUUUCGUUACCCCUGGACCCGGUAUUGCAUGGUGUAAUAAUGUCAAUAGUGACGUACCUAGUUGUUGUAUUAUCAUAAUUUGCGAUUAAUUAUGGGCAAAGACUGGUGGUUAAUCAAACAUAGGUCUUUCAAAUGGUGUACAGUCAAUUUACAUAUAUCCCAUAAUACAAUAUGGUACAAACAUGGUCAUGUGAUCAACUGGCUGUAGGAUGUAAUAUAACAUGAAUCAAUAAAUUCUAUAUUUUUUCCCCUUUUAUUUCUUGGAGGUUUUAGUCACAAAUUGAGUAUCUUGUUAAAAUAAUAAAUGAGUUAUUGCAGUCUUUGAAUUAAGUUCCUAGGCUUCAGAGUAGAACCAAAGUAUAAUCAUGUUGAAAUUUAAAAGUUAAAACAACUGAUAACUUAAUAUUAUUUUUCUUAUCAAUUCUAAUAAACAGAUUUACAAAAUAUGUAAAUGAACUCAGAACCUCUGUCAUGAGAUAUAAGCAUAAAACUGAUCAGAAACCCUGAAAUCCUGUGUCUAUUUUGUGACUACUUGCCUGAAUGAACCGAUAUAUGCCAAUUUCCUUUAGGAACUCACCUAAAAAAUAACUUAGUACAUAUUUUCAUAUGAAAUAUAUCAAAAUUCUACUGGUGUACAAGAUACUCAUUUAGUGAUUACUUCUCACAAAUGUAUAAACUAAAGCAUAUUUAAUAACAAAAAAUUGAGAUUUAUACCUUAAACAUUAUACACAGUAUAGAAAGCAUUAGAAGUGUCAAAUAUCACUUCUGGUUGUGUUGAAUAUUAACUAUUAUGAGAAUGAAUCAAGUAUUUACGUAUUGUUCUGAAUAAUGGAAAUUAAUUCACCACUGCUUGACUGAUUAAAUAUAGAUAACACAAGCAAUAUAUUUUUGUUUACAGACAUAAUAAUUUUAUUGGUUAUUUUAAAACUUGAAUUGGAUACAAAUUUGUUUUAUACACCUUCCACUUUUGAGCCAUUACAUGUACCAUCUUUUCUACAAAUGCUAAAGUGAUUUCUUCCACAUAAAUUAAGUUUGAUAUUUAUGUUUUUUUUUUCUAAUAUAUGAAUUUUAUACUGAAGAUUUUAAUUAGUAUAAUUUCUUUGUGUUUGAUAUUUUUUACUGAUAUUUUUGUUUAAAUAUAUUUUAGUACAACAAAUGUAUUAUUCUGAUAAAUGGCAAUCAUUUUUAUCAAAAGUGUGGUAGGCUUAGAUGAUAUAAAAAUAGUUUCAUCUGGUUUAUCUUGCAAAAGUGAACCAUCUAAAUAAUUCAGGGGUCCCAAGUUUUUGCGCAAGUCGCGGAAUUCUCCCGGAAAUCGGGACAGCCCCCGCACUUGCGCAACCAGACAACAAUCUUCCGGAAAUAACGCACCUCCAGCAAAUUCGAUAAAUUAUAAUUAUAAUUAUAAUUGUCUUGCAGAAGUUGGUGAUGAUGGGUAUAUCACAAUAAGCAGCAAAACAAAAUUAGAUGUACUAAGAAAGGUCAUUUAAAGAGAGCCCCCGGAAAUGACUUCUUCCAAUUUGGGACCCCUGAUAAUUGUUUUUAGUUGUAUCUUUGUUGUGCUUUGCCUUGUCAUAUGUAUUUAGAAAUAUCAUAACUUGUUUUUUGUUACUAAAAGGUUAAUUGAAAAUUAAUGGCUUCCAAACCUAAUACUAUUAUAAUGAAAUAAAUAGAUAAAUACAA